AUUUCCACCCAAAAGCGCCACCUUAUCAUUACUAUUGGCCUGUGCCGGCACCAGUGGGAAGCUGGCAGCCCUUUGGCCUGCACUGACGCCCCAGUCAACAUUACGUAGAAUGUUGCACUUUGGGGGAAAUUGCAUUCGACAGGCCCCGGCCCUUCUGGUGAUCCAGACCUUCAACCACCAAGGCUGCCCAGCAGAAUAGCGGCAGGCCCAGCAUGGUAUGAGAGUGAGUUCUGCGUUGAAUCCUUCUCCAGGAUCCUCCGACCCGCCGACGGUGCCCAGAGCGCGUGGAAUGGGCAAAACAAUUGGGAGAAAAUGACGAUAUGUUGCAAACAGCGUGUUGUUGUGAAGUUCCGAUCGUUGCCGCCGACCCUGGCCCUCUUCAGGACUGUGCACCGAACUGGGGAAAGUGAUCUGAUCCACUCCUCCUCAGCCUUGUCCCUUGACUACAACUUUGGUUGGAUGGUCCUGGUACGCCUGAUGAUUUCCCCCGCGGUGUCCUUCGGAACUUCCAAUUUGAACGGGUCACAGACCACGAGUGUUUGAUGUUUGAUGUCUGUUGUCAUUAUCAUGGUCAGCCUGCAAGCGUCAUUCUCAAUCACCCCCAGACAAAGAGGCAUUUAACAUGGCAACAAGAGUUUCCGUGGCGCCGCUGUCACUUGUGCACGGCUGACAUCCAAAAAUAACAGCCAGGACAACAUUCAAUCUUGUAUCCUUGCUGGAUGCCUGAAGGGACGUGUCUGAAAAGAUCAACAACAACAAUCCUCGAAAACAAAGCGUCUGGGUUGCGGCAGCUACAAUAAUGGGUACAGUAGCCUCAUGGUUGCCAUAGACGGAGAUCGGAAGGGAUGCCGAUCCCAUUUUGAUGAAAGAUGACCCUACGCGACCGCCCGAGCCGCGAUUCAAAACAUGGCAUUAAUUAUCAUCGCCAGAUUAGAGAAUCCGCGCUGGCCCCGAUACAAAACGCCGAUCUUGACCACGAGUUGGACUGGUCGUUACACCUAGAUGAAGGGUUUGCUAUUAUCGGCUCUGGACCCAAAGGAUACAGUCCAGACCUGAUCAUCAGACCCCUAAACCGUCGAAUCUGAAGUACCGAGUAUGCACAGCUGUGCAGCGUUGGUCAAGAAAUGAUGACAUGGAUUGCGAGACGUGGGAGCAUUCUUUAUUGAUGUCAAGUAUGCUCGCUGGCCGAGUCGGCAGUUCAUUGUCCAUGACUGAGCAGUUGUUGUUGCUAUUUUCAGAGCUCUUGGUUUCGUCAGAGGAUGGCUACUCACGUUCUGCACCGCUGGAUGAGGUGGGUAUCCUGCGCAAAACCUUUGUCCAUAACCCCUCCAACAUGCAGUGAUAAGUGCAUUAUUGGAUAAAAUCGGGCAUUCCAACGGCUACAUUGCAACAGGACGAAUCGUAAACCGCGAAUAUUCUGUUACAAUCCUGCUGCAGUGGUUCAACCUUGUACAAGGCUGAGACUCAUGAUCGAAGCUUGGCGUACGUAAGCAAUGUCGCCGCCAGGCUUCGAGAGCCUUCUCAUAGCAUAACAGUUAGCACACCACAGUGGCACCAUCUACAACAACGGGUUCCCAAUAUCUACAUUGUACAGAACACUGAGGACUCAUCACGACCGACAUUUUUGGACUCAUUAGCAUUCUAAUCACGACUGACUGCGAAACUCGACCCGAAAGAAAUACCCUUCCCACAGAACAGUCAACUAUCAGCUUGAAGGCAUUCACCUUAUAUACUUCUCCAUUCUAUAUCACCACCACUACCCCCACAACCACCAAUAGCUGAUACUGAUAUUGAAUCUAUCAUCAUCCGACCUAAUCGACUUCCCCCAGCCUCAACUACCAUCAUCACUACACAAUCUACUACCACUACCAACCGCAUAACCCAAUUUGAAGGAGUCAUCCAUCCAAUGUCACCCAGACCGACAACAUCCCGAGCCCAAGACGAAAAAACAGUCCGAGAUUGGGGCUUCUCCCACGUCUUCACCUGGACCGAUGGACCUAACGCCCAUUAUCCACCUCACGCGCAUUCAGGCCUGACGACCCAUUUGAUCCGUCGAGGAUCCAUGACCAUUACAUACCCGAAAGACCCAAACCCUACCAAGGAGACGUUUGGGGUUGGGGCCAGGAUUGAUGUUCCGGCGGGAAAGGUUCACGAGGUGUGGAUGGGAGAUGAAGGUUGUGAAUAUGUAAUAGGAGAGUAACGAGACUCAUCGCACCCAAAAUGCUAUGUUAUGAGCCGCACGAUUGGAUGAAAUCAAAAUUGUACAACGACCAUGAUACUAGUAUAUUGCAUAUCUUAGAAUUGUUUUUUACAUUGUUGUUCUCAAUUCGUGGAUAUCAAAAAAAGCCUAUUCACAAGCAUACAUGAAAAAGCAUUGCUUCCGCACUCGCGCCCUCCUCACACCAAACAACACUUUAAUACGUUCUCUUGAACGGCGGGACGGACUUGCAUUCGUUCUCGUCCAGAGUGUGGCUGGUGACGGCUCUGUACCCAAGCUCAACCUUGCCAUGAGGGUUCUUCUGCCAUGACAGAGUAUGCUUCAUCCAGUUCUCGUCAUCACGCUCCGGGUAAUCUUCACGAGCGUGGGCGCCUCGGGAUUCUUUGCGGUUGGCGGCAGAGGCGGCAGUUUGGACACUAUUGACAAAAAGUUAGCCAUCAUUCUGUACACACCGGCAGCAACAGAAGUAUACGUACGCGCAAGUCAACAAGUUCCGCAGCUCCAGAGUUUCAACAAGAUCCGAGUUCCAGAUCAUGCUGCGGUCCUUGAUACCGACCUGGUCGUACAUCUGAUCGACCUCAUUGAUUCUCCG